AUGCUACCCUCCCACCUCCUGAUAUACCAUGCCGGCACGACGCGAACCACGUUCCUCGCCCUGGUAAAGGUCACUACUCUCCUGGUUGGAUUCUUCUUUUGCGGUGUCAUGGCACCCAAAUACCUGCCUAGCUCCUCCUCCUCCUCCUCCUCCAACUCCAACCUCAACUCCGGCUCCGAUACCGAUUCCGAUUCCGAUACCAAUUCUUCCUCCUCAGAUUCAGACAAUGAUACCUCGCGAGAGGAGGAGGAGGAGGAGGAGGAUCCCAGCUCCGGAGACAGGCAGCUGCUAGCCCUCUCCCUCCUCUGCGGCGUCAUCCCGACCGUCUUCGUCGCCUACGUCACCUCCCCCUUCGUCACGCACAUACACCUCCACCUCCCGCCGCUGCUCAAGACCAGACAGCGGCUCUCCGAGAUUGUGCAGCAGCCCGGCCGCCUGCCGCUCUCGGACCUGAAGAUCUCCCUCACGACCAUGAGCUUCAUCGCCAAGCCGAGGUACACCACCCUCCCCGCGUCCGAGCUCCUGCCCCGCCGUGGCCGAGGCCGAGGCAGGGGAACGGGACGCCUCGGCGUCGUCAACUACACCCGUUCGCGCGACGGCGCCUCCCUGCGCGACGACAGGGCCUCGAGGUCGUGGUACGUGUUCCCGCCCGUCCUGGACUUUUACAUACAGCCUGGACGGCCGGGGAGCAGCACCGCGCAGAGCCGGACUGGCGCCCGGAGGAGGUAUCAGGAGCCCAGCAAGGCGGAUAGGGUGAGCUGGUGGGUCUGGGAGGCUAUCAAGCAGGAGAUUGACGGGAAGCAGCAGCUGAAGUAG